AUGCACCGCAAGCUCCCGCCAUUACCUCAGCUCACACUCCGCCGCCGCCGCUCUUCCUCCUCCGCCUCUCCUUCUCCGCCGCCAUCUCGCCGUCUCCCUCCCCCGGUUCCGCUCCGGGACCUCCUCGCCCACCGCUUCCCGCCCCCGCCCCCGCCCCCGCCCCCGGAGCCGGACCGGCCUCCCCUCUCGCGACCGCCGCGACGUCCUCACGCCGCCGAAGUCCUCCUCCCACGCCGCGACGCCUCGCCGGAGAGCCUCCACCUCGAUAUCUUCAAGAGGGGCCUCACCCAUGACCUCUUCCUCGCCAACCGUCUCGUCAACUCCUACGCCAAGGGCGCGCGCCUGGACGCCGCUCGCCGGGUGUUCGGCGAAAUGCCGGACCGGAACGCCGUUUCUUGGACCUGCCUCAUGUCUGGGCAUGUGCUGUCCGGGCUCCCUGAGGAGGCCUUCGAGAUGUUCCGCGCCAUGCUUCGGGAGGGACCAGAGUGCAGGCCAACGUCGUUCACCUUUGGCAGUGUGCUCCGGGCAUGCCAGGAUGCGGGGCCAGACUGGCUGGGCUUUGCCGCGCAGGUCCAUGGAUUGGUCUCUAAGACCGUGUUCACUUCAAACACCACGGUGUGCAACGCCCUGAUCUCGAUGUACGGUAGUUGCUCCGUUGGUUCACCGAUCCUGGCAAAGCGUGUGUUCGAUACCGCACCAGUCAAGGACUUGAUCACAUGGAACGCCAUGAUGUCUGUGUAUGCUAAGAAAGGGGAUGCAAUUUGCACGUUUAACUUGUUCAGGGCUAUGCAGUACGAUGCUUCAGCGAUUGAGUUGAGGCCAACAGAGCAUACUUUUGGGAGCUUAAUCACCGUGACUUAUCUUUCCUCAUGCAGCUCUGGAGUGCUUGAUCAAUUGUUUGUGAGGGUCCUCAAAUCCGGCUGCUCAAGUGAUCUGUACGUAGGCAGUGCUCUAGUCAGUGCAUUUGCGAGACAUGGCAUGCUUGAUGAAGCAAAGGACAUUUUUCUCAGUCUGAAAGAGAGAAAUGCAGUUACUUUGAAUGGCCUGAUAGUGGGUUUGGUCAAGCAGCAAAAUGGUGAAGCAGCAGCAGAGAUUUUCAUGGGAACAAGGGAUUCUGCUGCCAUUAAUGUGGAUACUUAUGUUGUGUUGCUUAGUGCAAUAGCUGAGUUUUCUACAGCAGAACAAGGGUUGAGGAAAGGUAGGGAAGUCCAUGGGCAUGCGCUCAGAGCUGGACUUAUUUUUAUGAAAAUUGCCAUUAGUAAUGGCCUAGUUAAUAUGUACGCCAAGUGUGGUGCCAUUGAUAAAGCCUGUAGAGUUUUUCAGCUGAUGGAAGCAAGGGAUCGGAUUUCAUGGAACACCAUUAUCGCUGCUCUUGAUCAAAAUGGGUACUGUGAAGCAGCAAUUAUAAACUACUAUUUAAUGAGACAAGAUUGUAUAAGUCCAUCAAACUUUGCAGCAAUUAGUGGCUUGAGUUCCUGUGCUGGUUUGAGACUUUUAGCUGCAGGCCAACAAUUGCAUUGCGAUGUUGUAAAGUGGGGACUAUAUUUGGAUACCUCUGUUUCAAAUGCUCUGGUUAAAAUGUAUGGAGAAUGUGGAGCUAUGUCGGAAUGCUGGGAAAUUUUCAACUCUAUGUCUGCACAUGAUGUAGUUUCUUGGAACUCUAUCAUGGGUGUCAUGGCUGGUUCACAAGCACCUAUUACUGAAUGUGUACAAGUUUUCUCCAAUAUGAUGAGAAGUGGUUUGGUUCCAAAUAAAGUGACGUUUGUUAACUUACUGUCUUCUUUGAUUCCAUUGUCUGUUCUUGAACUUGGAAAGCAGAUUCAUUCUAUCGUGUUGAAGCAUGGAAUUACAGAAGACAAUGCGGUAGAUAAUGCACUCAUAUCAUGCUAUGCAAAGUCAGGAGAUGUGGAUUCUUGUGAACAACUGUUUUCUAAAAUGUCUGGCAGAAGGGAUUCUGUCUCAUGGAACUCAAUGAUUUCAGGAUACAUCUAUAAUGGACAUCUACAGGAGGCUAUGGACUGUGUUUGGCUUAUGAUGCAUAGUGACCAAAUGAUGGAUCACUGCACCUUCUCCAUUGUACUGAAUGCUUGUGCUUCUGUGGCAGCAUUGGAGCGUGGAAUGGAAAUGCACGCUUUUGGUUUAAGGUCACACCUGGAAUCAGAUGUUGUGGUUGAGAGUGCUCUAGUUGAUAUGUACUCCAAGUGCGGAAGGAUAGAUUAUGCUUCAAAGGUAUUCCAUUCCAUGACCCAGAAAAAUGAGUUCUCAUGGAACUCCAUGAUUUCUGGUUAUGCGAGACAUGGUCUUGGGAGGAAAGCUUUGGAGAUAUUUGAGGAAAUGCAAGAGAGUGGAGAAAGUCCAGACCAUGUCACGUUUGUAAGUGUUUUGUCUGCCUGUAGUCAUGCUGGUUUGGUUGAAAGAGGUCUUGGCUACAUUGAAUUGAUGAAGGACCAUGGUAUAUUACCCCAGAUUGAGCAUUAUUCGUGUGUUAUAGACCUUCUUGGUCGAGCUGGUGAGCUCAAGAAGAUACAAGAGUACAUGAAAAGAAUGCCAAUGAGACCAAAUACUUUCAUAUGGAGGACGGUAUUAGUUGCUUGUCAACAAUCGAAAGACAGUGGCAAGAUAGAUCUUGGGAGAGAAGCUUCAAUGAUGCUUUUGGAACUAGAACCUGAAAAUCCUGUGAAUUAUGUUCUUGCAUCCAAGUUUCAUGCAGCAAUAGGAAGGUGGGAAGAUACAGCCAAAGCACGGGCUGCAAUGAAGGGAGCAGCAGUAAAAAAAGAGGCAGGUCGUAGUUGGGUGACCUUAUGUGAUGGAGUUCAUACCUUCAUUGCUGGUGACAGGUCACAUCCAAACACCAAAGAAAUCUAUGAAAAACUGAGCUUUUUGAUUCAGAAGAUAAGGAAUGCAGGUUAUGUUCCAUUGACAGAAUAUGUCUUACAUGAUCUGGAUGAAGAAAAUAAAGAAGAGUUGCUAAGCUACCAUAGCGAAAAGCUUGCGGUUGCUUUUGUUCUGACUCGCUCCUCCUCAGGUGGCCCCAUAAGGAUCAUGAAAAACCUUCGGGUUUGCGGAGAUUGCCAUACAGCUUUCAAAUACAUUUCUCAAAUUGUUGGCCGGAAAAUCAUUUUAAGGGAUUCAAUCCGGUUUCAUCAUUUUGAGGAUGGGGAAUGCUCUUGUGGGGACUACUGGUAACUUGUUUAUAAUAACAGUAUCAGGAGCAGGCUUUUCUUAACUUCUUUGAGGUGCAGUACCAUAUUACCAGGUACAUGGUUUUCCUAAUCUUCUCAUAUUUGAGGGCAUGCUGGUUGUGACAACCUUACAUCCUGAUCAUUCUGUCUCACCGAUUUGCGGUUAACUAGGUCAGCAGAAAUCUGUUGCUGCAUCUUUCAGGGGGGGAACAUACCUUCCAUUGGAAAUCUCAUUCUUG